AUGGGCGUUUUCAGUAAGAUACCAAGACUUUCGAUUCGAUUUCAAUCAUCAAUCAGUAAGCUGAAACAAGAUAGUUAUUAUAAGAUGUCGGGUAACGUAUUAAAUCCUAUUCAUGGACAAGAUCAUAGCUCAUACUUUGGAGCAGAGAUAGUUAACAGAGUUUCGUUCCUAAGGGAAGAUAGUGACUUUAUUAGUAAUAGUGUUGCUCAUGAUUCAACAAGAUUCAUCUUCUUCGAUAAGACCAAUCCAUUGAUCAACAAAGGCGGCGAUCAAAAGUUGGUAAUGUUGACAAAUGGUGACCAUCAAUUGGGAGCAAAAGAAUCGGUGAAAAAGGGAAUAUUUUCGCUUGAAUCGUGGCGUAAGACAAUCGAAGACUGGAGCAGUGGUAAUAAAGAUCAAGAUCCAGGAUUACGUGAUAAUAACAUGCCUACGUUCUUAUUUUUAGGGUUGGAAGAUGAAAGUGUCGGGUUGAAUUUACUGAGCUUGAAAUCUGUGGAGGACCCGGAUAAUGGGUCGGAAGAAAAAUAUUUGGACUACCAAGGAAGAUACCAAGGUAUCCCAUACUAUGCGGUUGACUUAUCACAAUCCACUGAGUUACAGAACACGAUUAUCAAUCAUGUUGCUGAAUCUAAUGGCAUUGAUAAGAGCAACUUAAUUUUCAGCCACUCCAGAAAACACUAUCUUGGGUUCUCUCCAAAAGAGGCUGCAUUAUAUUCACAUGGAAAAAUGUUCUUGGACUGGCUUUCUAGAAACAGGUUUUGUCCUGGGUGUGGUUCUAGAGUCAUUCCUAUUCACGCUGGUGGUAAGUUGAGAUGUACCAACGAAGAAACUGAAGGAAUGAAUGAAAACGAUGAAAUCCAAUACGUGUGCCCCGUUAGAAAUGCCACCGUUUCUAAUGUGUCGUUUCCAAGAACUGAUGCAGUUGUCAUAACUGCCAUUACCAAUACUGAAAGGACCAAGGUGUUGCUAUCGCUAGCCAAACGCUACGCCGACACGAAACUUUAUGCAUGUACUGCUGGGUUUAUGGAACCGUCGGAAACCGUUGAAGUUGCUACCAAGAGAGAAAUCUGGGAAGAAACCGGAGUUGUUUGUUCGGACAUAAAUAUUGUUCUGACACAACCAUGGCCUUUCCCCGGCAACUUGAUGAUUGGUUGUCUUGGAGUAGUAGAAUUCAAUGGCGUCAAUGAAGUUAUUCAUUUGGGUCAUGAUAGAGAAUUGGCAGACGCAAGAUGGUUUGAUGUUGGGUUUAUCAAGACAUUGAUCAACGGAACUAAUGAUCAAACGACCAAUCCAGAAGGUUUACUACUUCCAAGCAAAGAGUCUAUCGCAUUUCUGUUAAUCAAGAUGGUUGUAGAUCAAGCGUCCGAACCAUCGAACAAGUUAUAG